ACCAGAGUCCUUAAACCCACCCUCCCCAAAAUCCCAUUCCCCCUCUCUCCCUCUCUCGCUGUUCUAUCUUCUACCUCCUCCGUCAAUGGCGUCCAUCAACUUCGGCUCUUUCUUCGACAACUGGUUCCCCAAACCCCCGAAAUCCUCCUCCUCCUCCCCCAACUUCGCCUUCAUCAACACCCGCAACCUCUUCACCAAAAGCCCUAACCCUAGACCCCCCAGCCUCUCCGCCUCCUCGACCGAAUCCGAACCCGAGUCCCAGUCCCCAUCCAAAUACUCCCAAAUGCUCGACCAGUUCUUCUGGGAGUGCGAAACCCGCCCCGAUUUCCGCCACACCCCCGAAGUGGAUCGAAUCCUCAACCAAGAUCCCUUCUUUGAGAACAAACCGAACCCGACCCCCGAAGAGAUCGAAGAGAGCAAGCAGUGGUGGGAGGAUUUCAACUCGUCCCCAGUAGUCCAGUUCCUUCGGAGGGCUGAGGAGGUGGCCGAUAAGCUCAACGAGGUUGAGCUGAAGGAGAACGAGAGGCCGUACAGGAAAGAGGACUGGAAGCUGUGGAAGAAGCUGCCGCACGUGCCGGGGUUGGAUGGGAGGCCGAUGCCGAGGAAGGCGAUUAAGACGAGGAGGCAGAGCGAUGAUAAGUUCUGGGACUUCGCGAGGCAGUUCUUUUUCGGGCUUUGGGGGUUCCGGCAGAGGCCGUACCCUCCCGGGAGGCCGAUCGACGUUGCGCAGGCGAUCGGGUACGAGAGGUUGGAGAAGCGGUACUAUGAUUUUAUCAUGAGAAGUGGUGGCUGGUAUUACAAGGAUCGAUUAGGUCGUACAAGAGGGCCUCUGGAAUUAAUUACUCUAAAGACAGCUUGGGCUGGUGGAAUAAUUGACACAAAUACUUUCAUAUGGGGCGAAGACAUGGAUGAAUGGGCGCCUAUUGGAAUGGUUUAUGGCCUGGAGAAAGCAAUUGCUACAUGGGAAGUCAGACUAGGUGCUGCUGCUACAGCUUGCCUUCACAAACUGCAGAAGGGCAUACCUCCAUGGACUCCUGUGAAGGGACUUGAGAAGAAAACCUAUCAGCAAUUACAAGAUGAAGCUAUUGAGAGCAAAAAGCGUGACAUGGCUGUACUUGCAGCAAAUGAUGGUAUCUGGCCGGGCAUGAGAACUCCUAGCCAUGCACUGUUUCUUUGGGCCAGUGGUUCUGAGCUUACUACUAUUCUGGAGAAAGAUCAUAUGCCAAACAAAUAUAUUUCCAAAGAGCUAAGGUAUCGACUUGCAAAAGUCAUCCCUGGUUUAAGACCAUGGGAGGUUCUAAGUAUAGAACAAGCUAUGGAUCAAAUAACAUAUGAUGGGGAGUGGUAUCGUGAGCCUUUAGGUUCUUACACUACUGGUCCUCCAUAUAUCAGAGACUGGAACAGGGAUGUCAAGAGGAUGUUUAGAAUCUUUCACAACCUGAGCUAUAGAGUGUACAACAAGUUAGAUAGGACAAUUCCUGGUUUCAGUAAAGUGAUGGAGAAAGUGCGAGCUGAUACAGCUGCAAAGGAUGCAAGGCGCAAGGAGAGGAGGGCUGCACAGAAAAAGGCUGAGGCUGAGGCUGCUCUCUUUGGCCGCAGAGUGUCACCUGAUCCGUAGAAAAGGACAGAAUAUGCAAAUCCUCUUCCAGUAUCAGUAUUUCUUCCACUUGUGUCGAGCAUUGGGCAUCGAUCUACAAGAUUUAUCAGAGAAUGCAGUUGCUCGACGAUUUUUGCAGAUUCUACAUGUAGUUCCUUAUGUUAUGAAAAUGGAUGGAUGCUGAUCGAUGCAUCCAGUGUUGAAUUUCCAGGCUCACAUGUUGUUCUGUUGGGAAAUUUGUUGUAAUUCGAACGUUGGUCAUUUUGUCAACCAUGGAUAUCAUGUUUUGCAAAAUGCAAGCUGAUCUACAUGAAAGAAAAUUCCUGUACCUCAAAUGAUACUGCUUGUUUGGGUUGUUCCUCUACAUCUAAUUCAUUCACAAAACACUUUGUUUGA